CCAGGAGAGGCGGCGGGAGCCUAGUGGACUCCCAAGCUCCGGCCGCUGUAGUUGUUCUAGCCGAUGCUGGUGUUGCGGAGGGGCGAGCGAGGGCGGGGUGUCCGGGUGAAAGAUUGGAAGACCCCCUGAAAGACCAGCUAGACUUCGGAAACUGGAGACACGCCCGGGGGGAGACCUGUUUUUUCUUUGCACUGUUGUUUCACUGUUGGGGAGCACUCACGGGAUUCGUCCCAUGGCSGGGGCUCGGAGCUGCGAUUCUUGGGGGCCCCCUGGGAUUUGCUGUCUUCUUGGUUUCUUGUUCGCCGGACUGCUUUUUCCACGGGCUGUCGCCUUCAAUCUGGAUGUGAUGGGCGCUCUGCGCAAGGAAGGAGAGCCAGGCAGCCUCUUCGGCUUCUCUGUGGCCCUGCAUCGGCAGUUGCAGCCCCGACCCCAGAGCUGGCUGCUGGUGGGUGCUCCCCAGGCCCUAGCUCUUCCUGGGCAGCAGGCAAAUCGCACUGGAGGCCUCUUCGCUUGCCCUCUGAGCCUGGAGGAGACUGACUGCUACAGAGUGGACAUUGAUCGAGGAGCUGAUGUGCAAAAGGAAAGCAAGGAGAACCAGUGGUUGGGAGUCAGUGUUCGGAGCCAGGGACCUGGGGGCAAGAUUGUCACCUGUGCACAUCGAUAUGAGUCGAGGCAGCGAGUAGACCAGAUCCUGGAGACGAGGGAUGUGAUCGGUCGAUGCUUUGUGCUAAGCCAGGACUUGGCCAUCCGUGAUGAGCUGGAUGGUGGGGAGUGGAAGUUCUGUGAGGGGCGCCCCCAGGGCCACGAACAAUUUGGUUUCUGCCAGCAGGGCACAGCUGCUGCCUUCUCCCCCGACAGCCACUACCUCCUCUUUGGGGCUCCAGGAACUUAUAAUUGGAAGGGCACAGCCAGGGUGGAGCUCUGUGUGCAGGGCUCAGCGGACCUGGCACACCUGGACGACGGGCCCUACGAGGCGGGGGGUGAGAAGGAGCAGGACCCCCGCCUCAUCCCGGUCCCUGCCAACAGCUACUUUGGAUUCUCCAUUGACUCUGGGAAGGGUCUGGUGCGAGCAGAAGAGCUGAGCUUUGUGGCAGGGGCCCCCCGUGCCAACCACAAGGGUGCUGUAGUCAUUCUGCGCAAAGACAGUGCCAGUCGCCUAGUACCCGAAGUGAUGCUCUCUGGAGAGCGUCUGACCUCUGGCUUUGGCUACUCGCUGGCUGUGGCAGAUCUGAAUAAUGAUGGCUGGCCAGACCUGAUAGUGGGUGCCCCUUACUUCUUUGAGCGCCAAGAAGAGCUGGGGGGAGCUGUGUAUGUGUACAUGAACCAGGGUGGUCACUGGACAGGGGUCUCCCCACUCCGGCUCUGUGGUUCCCCUGACUCCAUGUUCGGGAUCAGCUUGGCUGUCCUGGGGGACCUCAACCAAGAUGGCUUCCCAGAUAUCGCUGUGGGAGCGCCCUUUGAUGGGGAUGGGAAGGUCUUUAUCUACCAUGGGAGCAGCCUGGGGGUGGUCAUCAAACCUUCACAGGUGCUGGAGGGCGAGGCUGUGGGCAUCAAGAGCUUUGGCUACUCUCUGUCGGGUGGCCUGGAUGUGGAUGGGAACCAUUACCCUGACCUGCUGGUGGGCUCCCUGGCGGACACUGUUGCACUCUUCAGGGCCAGGCCUGUUCUCCACGUCUCCCACGAGGUCUUCAUUGCUCCCCGAGCCAUCGACUUAGAACAGCCCAACUGUGCUGGUGGCCACUCAGUCUGUGUGGACCUAAGGAUCUGUUUCAGCUAUAUUGCAGUCCCCAGCAGCUACAGCCCUACUGUGGCCCUGGAUUAUGUAUUAGAUGGGGACACAGAUAGGAGGCUCCGGGGCCAGGUUCCGCGUGUGACCUUCCUGAGCCGUAGCCCAGAUGACCCUAAGCACCAGGCCUCAGGCACUGUGUGGCUGAAGYACCAGCAUGACCGAGUCUGUGGAGACACCAUGUUCCAGCUUCAGGACAAUGUCAAAGACAAACUUCGGGCCAUUGUGGUGACCUUGUCCUAUAGUCUCCAGACCCCUCGGCUCCGGCGACAGGCUCUUGGCCAGGGACUGCCCCCAGUGGCCCCCAUCCUCAAUGCCCACCAGCCCAGCACCCAGCGGGCAGAGAUCCACUUUCUGAAGCAAGGCUGUGGUGAAGACAAGAUUUGUCAGAGCAAUCUGCAGCUGGUGCAUGCCCGUUUCUGUGCCCGGGUCAGCGACACAGAGUUUCAGCCUCUGCCCAUGGAUGUGGAUGGAACAACGGCCCUGUUUGCACUGAGUGGGCAGCCAGUCAUUGGCCUUGAGCUGAUGGUCACCAACCUGCCCUCCAACCCCGCCCAGCCCCAGGCUGAUGGGGACGAUGCUCAUGAAGCCCAGCUCCUGGUCACCCUCCCUGCCUCACUGCACUAUUCAGGAGUCCGGGCCCUGGAUCCUGUGGAAAAGCCGCUCUGCCUGUCCAAUGAGAAUGCCUCCCAUGUCGAGUGUGAGCUGGGGAACCCUAUGAAGAGAGGUGCCCAGGUCACCUUCUACCUCAUCCUCAGCACCUCUGGGAUCACCAUUGAGACCACAGAACUGGAAGUAGAGCUGCUGUUGGCCACGAUCAGUGAGCAGGAGCUGCAUCCAGUGUCUGCUCGAGCCCGUGUCUUCAUUGAGCUGCCUCUGUCCAUCGCAGGGGUGGCUGUACCACAGCAACUCUUCUUCUCCGGUGUGGUGAGGGGUGAGAGUGCUAUGCGGUCUGAGCGGGAUGUGGGCAGCAAGGUCAAGUAUGAGGUCACGGUCUCCAACCAAGGCCAGUCGCUCAACACCCUGGGCUCCGCCUUCCUCAACAUCAUGUGGCCCCACGAGAUUGCCAAUGGGAAGUGGCUGUUGUAUCCCAUGCGAGUGGAGCUGGAGGGCGGUCAGGGGCCUGGGCAGAAAGGGCUCUGUUCCCCCAGGCCCAACAUCCUCCGCCUGGAUGUGGACAGUAGGGAUAGGAGGCGACGAGAGCUGGAGCAGCCGGAGCAGCAGGAGCCUCGUGAGCAGCUGGCACCCACCACGUCCUGGUGGCCAGUGUCCUCUGCUGAGAAGAAGAAAAACGUCACCCUGGACUGCGCCCGGGGUACUGCCAACUGUGUGGUGUUCAGCUGUCCACUCUAUAGCUUUGACCGUGCAGCUGUGCUGCACGUCUGGGGCCGCCUGUGGAAUAGCACCUUUCUGGAGGAGUACUCAGCUGUGAAGUCCCUGGAAGUGAUUGUCCGAGCCAACAUCACAGUGAAGUCCUCCAUCAAGAACUUGCUGCUCAAAGAUGCCUCCACUGUGAUUCCAGUGAUGGUAUACUUAGACCCCAUGGCUGUGGUGGCAGAAGGAGUCCCCUGGUGGGUCAUCCUCCUGGCUGUGCUGGCCGGACUGCUGGUGCUAGCGCUGCUGGUGCUGCUCCUGUGGAAGUGUGGCUUCUUCCAUCGGAGCAGUCAGAGCUCAUCUUUCCCCACCAACUAUCACAGAGCCCAUCUGGCUGUACAGCCGUCGGCCAUGGAAGUUGGGGGUCCAGGGACUGUGGGGACCAGCAUGGUCAUGAUGUAAGGAGGGGAUGGAGUACUGGAUUCAUGGAGGAGAGGUCCCUGCCUAAGGGAGGUGCUACCCAGUGUACACGCACACAGGGGGUGUGUAAGGCGCAAAGGGGCCAGGUAUGCAGGGGUUGAGGAAGCCAUUUCCUCCUCAGAUCUUGUUAGUGUUAUGGGGGAUGCUGUUGGCCUCUUAAGAAGCUUGGGUGGAUAGAAAUCUUGGGAGUUAGAGGUCCUGAUGUUCCACCUCCAAGCCUCCCUUUCAGAGGCUCAAGGAGAUUUCCUUUCCUG